CGUGAAGAAAGCAUAGGAAUCGAAAUCCAAUAAACGCCCACAUUUCCAAAAUUCCAAAUCCCAGCCCAUCCGAGACCACCGCCACCAAAAGAAAGGGUAAGGAAUCUGACCAUGUUCCGGCGAGCGUCACGUCUCUUGGCUCGAACCACGACGGCCAGCACAUGGAGGAGGAGUCGAGCUUUCUCCACGGACGUACCAGCCACACCCGCUCAAGAUCCCAACUUCAUCGACUCAUGGAAGAAAGUGAUACCCAACUUGGACCCUCCCAAGACUCCAGCUUCCUUCAUGACCCCUCGCCCCGUAACCCCUUCUUCUAUCCCUUCUAAAAUCACCGUCAACUUCGUGCUUCCUUAUGCAUCUGAGCUCUCCUCAAAAGAGGUUGACAUGGUAAUAGUUCCAGCAACGACUGGACAGAUGGGUGUUUUGCCUGGACAUGUACCCACAAUUGCUGAACUCAAGCCUGGGAUCUUGUCAGUGCAUGAAGGAAAUGAUGUAACAAAAUAUUUCCUUAGCAGUGGCUUUGCUCUUAUACAUGCCAACUCUGUUGCUGAUAUUAUCGCCGUGGAAGCAGUGCCAGUCGACCGAAUUGACCCUGGCUUGGUCCAGAAGGGUCUGGCAGAGUUUACCCAAAAGCUAGGCUCGGCUAUAACCGAUUUGGAGAAAGCGGAAGCCCAAAUAGGUAUCGACGUUCACAGUGCAAUGAAUUCUGCUAUUACAGGCUAAUUGUUUUCGUAAUCAACUUCACUCAAUCCUCUGGCUUUCUCAUAUUGCUUUCCACUUUGUGCAUCAUCAACUUUUUGAUAUGUCUUCAUGAUCAACAAAUGACCGAGAUCUGUCAAGAUACCUACAUCGUUGAUUUUCAGAUUUUGAAAUAAAAUUUUCAGAAACAAGAACCUUGUGAUUGCU